CGGCGGCUUUUCCCCUUUUUUUUCACGUGUCCCUCGGUCCUGCCCGUCUGCAGGUCUCUCUCUCCUUGCGGUGGCGGCGCGAGAGCGGAGUCCGAGCUGCGGCGGCGAGAGUCAUGGCGGGACAAGCAUUUAGAAAGUUCCUUCCGCUCUUUGACAGAGUGUUGGUUGAAAGGAGUGCAGCUGAAACUGUAACCAAAGGUGGCAUUAUGCUUCCAGAAAAAUCUCAAGGAAAAGUAUUGCAAGCAACAGUAGUAGCUGUGGGAUCAGGCUCUAAAGGAAAGGAUUUCUAUAAUUGGCCUGAUGAGUCAUUUGAAGAAAUGGACAGUACACUUGCCGUUCAGCAGUAUAUUCAACAGAACAUAAGGGCGGAUUGCUCCAAUAUUGACAAAAUUCUUGAACCACCUGAGGGCCAAGAUGAAGGUGUAUGGAAGUAUGAACAUCUAAGGCAAUUCUGCCUUGAACUAAAUGGACUUGCUGUGAAACUUCAGAGUGAAUGCCAUCCAGAUACAUGUACUCAAAUGACAGCAACUGAACAAUGGAUUUUUCUUUGUGCAGCUCAUAAAACUCCAAAAGAGUGUCCUGCUAUAGACUAUACAAGACAUACUCUUGAUGGUGCUGCAUGCCUUCUGAAUAGCAAUAAAUAUUUUCCUAGCAGGGUUAGCAUAAAAGAAUCAUCUGUAGCCAAACUAGGAUCUGUAUGCCGUAGGAUUUACAGAAUAUUCUCACAUGCUUAUUUUCAUCACCGGCAGAUAUUUGACGAGUAUGAAAAUGAAACAUUUUUAUGUCAUCGGUUUACUAAAUUUGUGAUGAAAUAUAAUUUGAUGUCCAAGGAUAACCUGAUUGUACCAAUUUUAGAAGAGGAAGUUCAGAAUUCAGUUUCUGGGGAGAGUGAAGCAUGAAAGGAAUCAUCUAGAAAAAUGUACUGAUUACAUAAUUAACAUCAUGUACUGUAUAUAUCAUUUAGACACAUCAAUCAUGUAUCCAUAUUAUAGCUUUUUUGUUUGGUAUAGGUUUUUGUAUGCUGUGUGUUGCCUUUCAAAAUGGGAAAUACGUUUUAAGUUAUUCAUGAGCUGUAUAUCACUGGUGUGGCACUUCAUGGUUUUUAAAUAAGAUUAGUGUUACCUGUUUAUAAUGCCUGUUAAUAAAAGAAUUUACAGUUUGGUAAAAUUGCUGCUAAACAAUCAUUGGAUCACAAUCCUCUUCAGAUAAAUCUAUGAAAGAGUGGGCUUGAGGUUUCACAAAAGCAUCUACUAAAGAGACAGUAAUCUUUUCUUUGGUUUCACCCCAGAGUUUUGAUAUUUUAGAAAAUUCUGUAGUAUAUAGUUCCACCUGUACUGUUGACUUUUCCAAAAUGAGAUAAAAGUGUUUUAAGAUUUUGUUUGUAAUUUUUUGAUAUGCAUAACUGAUUGUAUAUCUCCACAUAUACAUGCAGUGAGGCAUUAGUAAUACUUAAAUAAUCUUACUAUGCUACUACAUAAAGUAUAUUCUGGGCCAGCAUAUUUGGAUAGGAUUUACCUUUUUGUAACACUGGUUAUUAAACACAUGGUAAUAAUGACAGGGCACCUACGUGAUGUUCCUACUAGAAACCUGCUCUGCCCCUCUUCUCAUUGCUUCUAAUCCUCUCCCCAAACUACGCUACCUGAGAGGUUUAGUCACAAAGUAUGAUAUAGUGCAGUAACCCUUAUUUAUAUUUAUAUUAAUUGCUUACAGAUUAUACCUCAUACUAACAGCUACAUUACACUACAGGAAAACUAUUGGCAUAGGCUCUUGCUUAUCUUUGUGUUGGGAAAUUGUUCACACUACUUAGAAAAUGGUCUUUAAUAUAGUUUGAUUGUUCCUCAAUCUUUUCAUCUAAUCUACACAGCACUAACUAGACAUAAAAAAUAGUGUAAUUAUUUUAUGCUCCCUUUCCAAAAGUUUCUGUUUGAUUUACAUGCACGUUAGAUUAUUUGCAGUAACUUACUUGUCCCAGUGGUGUUGAUGAAUACUCAUGCUUCUGGAUUUUUAUAAUUCAGUGUCUUAAGAACUUAUGUGCAGAUUUAUAAUCUGUUGGGUGAGGUUUUUCAUAAUGGGUCUUGAUGACAAACUUGUAUUGAGGCUUUAAAGGUUAACAGAAUUGUCCAUGUAGUUUAGUAAACAUGUAAAACCACCUCUUAGCCAGAUUUAACAAACAUGAGGAGCUUCUUUUUCAUUUAGAAGAGUUAUUUUCAAAUGAAGUUGCAAACACAUUUAUUUUGAUUACUUUUCAAAUUUGAGGAAAUACUAUGUGUUAUAUUAUGAGACAAGUUUGUACAGAACAGUGUGAGAAGUAGUAGUGUACAGAGAGAGUGUGUGUAUAGUUGAUGCCUUUCCAAGGCUGCCUGUUGUUUUGACUUGAACAAUACUACUCCAGAAGUUCAGUCAUUACUGUACCACAACCCAUAACUUGUCAUGUGGGAAGUUUUAUGUUCACAGUGAAUGGAAUAUUGCUUGAAAUCAUGCAUUUAUAUUAAUGGCACCAUAAACUAAUGGGCAUAGUACUUUUUAAGCAAAUUUGCUGAAUAUUGGGAGACUAAGUUUUAAGUAUAUACAGCCUAUACAGUUCUCUCUAGGUGUUCUUUCAAGUGGAUUUCUGUCACUUGACUGUUCGUGAAUAUUUGAGCUAAGGUAGUGACUUGGAUUGGUGAUCUGGCUAAGUAUUUUGAAACACAUUGUGGAUAUAUGGCUUAGUGUUAACAGGGAUAUAAAGUAUGCUUUUUUUUUCUUACUCAUUCCAUCUUCCCUGUAUUGUGUGCUUGGAAUUGAUCAUAAAAAAAAAAUCUCCAAAAGAAA